UUGGUAGUUGUCUAUAGAUAACGUAAUGUGGCAGUACUGCUCUGCUGUUGACUUAAUGUCAGUGUAGAAACAAUUGUGGUGGGGGUGUGUUGUGAUGUUCGCGUGUUGCUGACUGAACUUUGCUGUCAAACUUCCAGUGUUGACAGUCCUGGCUUCUGUCAUAAUUUGCACACAGUUCAAUCACUGGUUCAUCACGAGACGAUUGUUUUCGCAGUUCCUUAUUGGAGUAAACUCAGCAAAAUGGAAGAUAAAAAGAUAAAGAAGUCGGUUGGAAGGAAACUAAGUGCCAUAAUUUUAUUGGGUCUCGAAAGUUUCUUUUACAGGUUCGGUCACGCCGUCGCGUGCCAUCCGUGGUCCGUGAUACUGGGGUGUCUGGGCUUUGUUGCAUUGAGCAGCUUCGGUAUCCUCAGGUUCCAUCAAGAGAAACAUCCGAUCAAACUGUGGGUCCCUAAGAAUUCCGACUUCAUACAUGAUACCAACUGGUUAACGAGCAAGUUCCGAGAAGGUUAUCGCAUCCAGUCUAUUCUUAUCACUGCUCCAAAUGUACUUGAACCACAAGUUCUGCAAAAGUUACAAGAUAUUCAGAAUAAGGUGGAAAAUCUAAAUGCUGAUGGAAUUACAUGGGAGGACAUAUGUUUCAGAAUUCCUGUUGUGGAUUUCAACUUUAAGCGACGUAAGCGAGAUGUAAAAGAAAAUCUCAUUUUAGCUGAAGAUUAUGUCGAUGUUGAGGAGGAUUUUGAGUUUGAUCUUGGCAGUAUCUUGGGGUAUGACCUGUACUGCAAUAUUAUAAACAGACUUGAAACUGCAUGUAUGCAGCACAGUUUGUUGGAGCUCUGGAAGUUUAAUGAGCAGAAGAUUCACAACUUAACAGAGGAGAAAAUAAUCAAGGCCUUAAACAGAACCACAGUUAGUCCUGUUUAUGGACAUCCCACAGACUACCUGCAGCUCCUGGGUAAUGUCAGACGAAAUGAGACGGGGCACGUUACUGGGGCUUCUGCUUUGUUGUCACUUUACAUGGUGCAUAUUGACUUCAUGUCUGUCAACUUUGAUGAGGAUGGGAAUGAAGCAGGAACAGCUGACUGGGCAACUAAACCAAUUUUGAAAUGGGAGCAGAAAUUCAUGGACAUGAUGGAGGAUGUGUCCAAGCAUGCACAAGGAAUUGAAGUGUUCUAUGAGGCAGGAAGAAGUUUUGCAGAUAUCAGCGCUGCUUCCAUGUUCCAAGAUAUCAACAAACUUAUUGUUGGUAUAAUACUGAUGUUCAUAUAUGUACAGAUAAAUGUGUCUAAAUUCAACAUGGUGGAAUGCAGGCUUAUUCUAGGCAGCGUUGGAUUACUGUGCAUUUUGAUGGCAUUUGUAGUAGCAUGUGGAUUUUGUUCCUUGCUGGGUAUAUCAUAUGGACCAGUACACACAGCAUUGCCAUUUUUACUACUUGGGAUAGGAGUAGAUGACUUAUUCGUGAUAGUAACUUGCUGGAAGAAUUUAAAUGUUGGAAAUAAUCUGGUGUCUUUGCCAGAGAAGAUGGGACAAACAAUGCGACGUGCAGGCGUCUCUAUAACCAUCACAACACUCACAGAUGUUGCAGCGUUCCUUGUGGGAGCAUUGACAAUUUUACCUUCCCUGCAGUCAUUCUGCCUGUAUGCAGCUGCUGGUCUUCUGAUGACAUACAUCUUCCAAACGAGUUUCUUUGUUGCUUGCUUUGUGUUAGAUGAGAGGCGUAUCAAAAAGAACCGUAACUGUGCGCUGAUAUGCUACAAGCACAGGGACUAUAAACCUAACCCCUGCAGUGAGGUUGAAUAUUCCAAGCCGAUCUUGUACACAGUGUAUUCAAAAGCAGUGUUCACUAAGCCAGGAAAGUUGCUUGUGAUCUUAUUAACAUUGGGAUUUGCUGCAGUUGGUCUCAGAGGAAGCUUGCUCUUAAAGCAGAAAUUUGAUCUUAAUUGGUUUUUGGCUGAAGAUACACACCUUUACAAGUUCAAUAUGGAGAGAGCAAAAUUCUUCCCAGAUAUGGGACACAAUGCUGGAAUUUAUUUUGGAGGACUAAACUACAGUGCAGAACUUCCAAAUAUCCACAGACUUGUAGCACAAUUAAAGCAAGAGGAGAACAUUCUUAAAAAUCUGGAAGAAUGGUACAGCGAAUUUCAGUCAUAUGUUAAAUUGAAUUUAAAAAAAGACAUAUCUACAGAUAUUAUAUCUGAUGAUGAAUUCAGUAUUUACAUUUCAAAGUAUUUGUUUAGUCCACAUGGAUCGAAAUACCAGAAAAACUUUCGUUUUGAUGGAAAGCUGCUUUGUGGACAGCCUGCACCACCUGUCACUGUUGCAAGCUUUGAGUUCAAAUUCAGAUUAUUUGAUGGCCCUGAAGAGUUUCUUCCAGCAAUGCACAAAGUGAAGAAGUUGCUAUAUGAAUCAAAUUUUACCACCGGUGACAGAUUUUCUACAGUGUGGGGUAAAAUUCUUGCUAACUGGGUUACUGAUGAGGUAAUAGAUACGGAGUUGUAUCGCAACCUGGGACUGGCAUGCAUUUGUGUGAUGGUGUGUACAAUGCUGCUGAUCGUCAAUAUUGUAGCAUGUCUUUUUGUGUUCUUCUGCGUACUUCUUACUCUGGUGUCUGUAGGAGGGUUCCUGUAUUAUUGGGGUCUAACAAUUGACACUACUACCUGCAUUGGGCUGCAGCUAGCAACAGGCCUUUGUGUGGACUAUGCUGCUCACAUGUGUCUCGCUUUCCUAUCACAGACUGGUUCUCGAUCAGUGAGGGCACUGAAGACAGUGACAGACAUAGGACCUGCCAUUUUCAAUGGUGGAAUCUCAACAUUACUUGCACUUAGCAUGCUUUCACUCUCUCAUGCAUACAUCUUUACAUCUUUCUUUAAGAUCUUCUUCCUAGUCAUACUUUUCGGCUUGUUCUAUGGCACCUUGUUCUUGCCAGUACUCCUCAGUUUCAUCGGGCCACAACCAUAUGAAUCAUCACAAGUCACAGAGCCACAGACUGAAGCAGUUAAAGUGUACAGCCUUUGUGAUGCAGAACCUAGUUGAUGGUAACUUGUAAAACUAUCAUAUAAGCUAAAGUCACCAGAAGACAUGGGUCAGUGGUUAAGUUCUUGGCCCAGAAUUGAACUAUCCUAAGUAUUUUGUGACCUUCCUAUGUCGCACAGGAAAAUUCUCAGAACACGUUAAGAUACGUGUCUUCUGGCUUGUAGAAGUUUACCAACAUUUCAGAUAUACUUGGUGCCUCCAUUAUCGGGAUUAUACCAUGCUACAUGGUGCUACAACUCAGAAGAUAUUCUGAUAAUGUAGAUUUAGUAAGGAAGUUUUCAUGUUAAUAUGAUUGACAGUGGGUCACUGAUGUUAACAUAAUAAACUUUGACCAGGAAAAUAAUGAAAUCUGUAUAAUUUUAUUGAAUGAAUAUUUAUUAAUAUCAUCACUACCAAAUUUAAAA